UGCGCUCAGUGCGCACGCCCCUCCAUCCACAUCCACUAAAGCAGGACCAUGGAUGCGACCCUCUACCAGAUCAUAUUCGGGGAGCUGGUGGACUUAAAUUGUACUUUGCUGGACGCGUUUCCUGACACUUUUUGGGAAAACGCUUCACUGUCCCUCCUAAGCACUGAUGGUUUCUAUUGCAAUGCCACCACUGAUGAGAUUGGGACCUGCUGGCCACGGAGCAGCACCGGGAGGAUUGUGGAGAGACCCUGCCCUGAGUACAUCAAUGGUGUGAAGUACAACACCACCAGGAGUGCUUACAGAGAAUGCAUGGAAAAUGGAACAUGGGCGCUUAAGAGCAAUUAUUCAAACUGCGAGCCCAUUUUGGAGGAGAAGAGAAAGUAUCCUGUGCAUUACAAGAUAGCCCUGAUCAUCAACUACCUGGGCCACUGCAUCUCUGUGGGGGCGCUAUUGGUGGCUUUCAUUCUCUUCCUCUGCUUGAGAAGUAUCCGAUGUCUCCGUAACAUCAUCCACUGGAACCUGAUCACCACAUUCAUCCUGAGGAACGUCAUGUGGUUCCUGCUGCAGCUAAUAGACCACAACAUCCACGAGAGCAACGAGCCGUGGUGUCGCUUGAUCACGACCAUAUACAACUACUUUGUGGUCACUAAUUUCUUCUGGAUGUUUGUGGAGGGCUGUUACCUCCAUACUGCCAUUGUGAUGACCUACUCCACAGACAAGCUGCGGAAGUGGGUCUUCCUCUUCAUCGGCUGGUGUAUUCCGUGUCCAAUAAUAAUAGCCUGGGGCAUCGGGAAGCUGUACUAUGAAAAUGAACAGUGCUGGUUUGGGAAGGAACCUGGAAAAUACAUCGACUACAUUUACCAAGGGCCUGUUAUUCUCGUGCUUCUGAUCAACUUUGUUUUCCUCUUCAAUAUCGUCAGAAUACUAAUGACCAAACUACGAGCUUCCACCACAUCUGAAACGAUACAGUACAGGAAAGCAGUGAAAGCCACGCUGGUGCUGCUUCCUCUGCUAGGCAUCACCUACAUGCUCUUCUUUGUCAACCCGGGGGAGGACGACAUCUCGCAGAUUGUCUUUAUCUAUUUCAACUCUUUCUUGCAGUCUUUCCAGGGCUUCUUCGUGUCUGUAUUCUACUGCUUCCUGAAUGGAGAGGUUCGCUCCGCGGUGAGGAAAAGGUGGCACCGCUGGCAGGACAACCAUGCCCUGAGGGUGAGAGUGGCCCGAGCCAUGUCCAUCCCCACGUCACCCACGAGGGUCAGCUUCCACAGCAUCAAGCAGACCACUGCUGUGUGACACGGUGGAACACACACACACACACACAUACAUAUGCAUCAACUGAAGGAUGAGACUUUAUCUUCAACCACAACCACAGAAGACUGUAACUAACUAGACGGGCUUGUGGCUGCAGGUGAGAUGACUUUCCUUGCUGCCUGAUAAGAACAAUGACACUACAGCUUAAUGGACAGCACAGGAUAUUUCAUCAUGUGUGCAAGUCAAAGAGGGAAAUCUCUAUGAUUCGAUCAAGCAAGGUCUUACCAUGUUUGUCUGAUGAUGUCACACUUGCGGUCUUUUAAAUAUUAAAUUAUAACAUGGAACAUUUUUCAAUUUAAGUCAUAAUUUCAAAUGUAUCACGACGACUAAAGAACUGGGAUAAGGUGAUAAAACAAUUAAAGCACAGCCAGAAGCCAUUUCUUUUUUUUUACUUCCUGUGAAACUAGAUCAAAGGAUUACGUUGGUGUGUCAGGAACAAUAUUCAUGGUCCAAAUCAUCUGUACAAUAGAGAACUAUGUGUGAAAAGUAAAAAAGUUGUAUUGCUAUUAAUACAACAAAAAAAAGUCAUGACGUGUGAGAGAAGAAUUAUGUAACAUUCAUUCAUUCUGGUGGCCAGCCAAUCACAGGGCACAUAUAGACAAACAACCAUUCACACUCACAUUCAUACCUAUGGACAAUUUGGAGUUGCCAAUUAACCGAGCAUGUUUUUGGAAUGUGGGAAGAAACCGGAGUCCCCAAGAAACACAUGGGAGAACAUCCAAACUCGACAUGGUGAAUCGACCCAUGUCUUUUCGAUCUCCUGACUGUGUGGUCUACAUGCUAACCACUCGACCACUGUGCAGGAGGUCAUAAUAGUACGAGAAAAAUCUUGUUUGUUGUUGUUGUUACAAGAAUAAAGCUAUGCUAUUACAAGAAAAAUUUAAUGUUGGAAAAAUUAAGUCAUAAUAUUUCAAGAAAAAUGUUGAAACAGUCCAUGAAUAAAGCGGUAAUAGGAGAAAAAUGUUGGGAAUUAUGCAGAAAAAUUUAAAACUGUAGUAAUGUUGCAAACAUAAAGUGGAAAUGUGUUAAUGUUACAGAAAUAAAGCAAUGCUGUAAGCCAUUAACUGGAUUCGAAAAUGCAGAGAACAGGCUGACGUGUGACAAAAUGUAUUGCAAGUUGUUUGUGCACAAAAAUAGAAAACUAUACAAAAAGACAUAAACUGCCGUGACAAGAAAAAUACUAGAAUAAAGAGCUGCUAGACAAAAGGUAAAUAAUAACACUAAAAAUCACUGCAAAACACUAAGUAGGAAAAACACUAUAGAAGAACAAAAAGUACUGCUAAAAACCAAGUACUGUAGAUGAACAAUGAAUAAAGUAGAAAAAAUCACUGCUGGAAGUAGCCAAGCAGGGAGUACAGAGUUACAGAUAAUGAAGCAGGGAAGCGCUGUACACAGAUGUGGAACAAAUAAUCUGGCAACACGUAAGUGGACUGGCAUGGCUUCAAUAACCCAGAUGAGAUUGCUUGCAGGUGCGUGAUGAGCUCACAGCCAGAUGGAAGUGUACUACAGGAAGAUAUGGAAGAUAGAUGGCAGCAAAGCACCACAGCACAUGACAAGGAGAAUAGAGUGAUAAGAUUUUCAAGAAUCUUAUCGUAAUGUUACACCAAGAAAGUGGUAAUAUUAUGACACAAAUGCGGUAAAAUUAUAUAAAAAAAAUUGGUUUCAAGGAAAACAUUAUAAUGUUCCAAAAAUAAAGAUGUAGUAUUGUGAUAAAAAUGUAAUGUCACCAAAAUAAAGCUGUGAUUCAAAGAGAAAAAUCUAGUGUUGGAAAAAUAAAAGGGUAAUAUAAGAAAAAUGUCAAAAUAUUACACAAAUAAAGUGGUAAUGUUAUGAGAAUAAUAUUCAAAAAAUAUUUAUUUAAUCACUAUUUAUUUAUUCAAUAUUCAAUAAUUUUUCCCUGUGUUCAUUAUACAGUAUUUACACAAAGCAGAAAAUUCCAAGAAAUAUGUGUUAAUGUUAUAAUAAUAAAGUUAUACAAUUUCAAGAAAGAUGCUGUAAUGUUCCAUGAAUAAAAUUCAAAUAUUCUGAGAAAAAUUUUGUAAAUUGUUACAAGAAUAGAAUUAGGUCAAAAGCUACUUAGCUAGCAGGAAGUAAUAUGUAAAGCUAAGAGAACAGAAAUCUGCAAGUAGUACCCCAGGGGUCAAUACUGGGACCAAAAUUGUUCAACUUCAAUAUGAAUGAGAUCUGUAAAGUUACAAAAGUUAAAGUUUGUUUUAUUUGCGGAUGAUACUACUGCCCUUUGUUCAGAUGAAGCACAGAAUAGAUCAUUAAAAAGGUCACAGAUGAAAUGUUUAUAUUAAAAAGAUGGUUUGAUAAUACCAGGAAAUAGUGCCUUUGGUUCCCAUUGCUUUAACAUGGAGUCAAGACAAAAGUUGUGAUGUAUCAGAUUUUAAUGAUAUUUAAUCUGCAGAUAGAUAUUAAGGUAAAAUGUUACCUUACACACCUUUUACCUUGUCCUGAAGCUCUGAUCUAUGAGUUUGAAAGGCUAAAAGUUGGACUAAAAUGUCAAAGUAUGACUCAUUGUGGUCCAUACCCCUGGAAUAUGACAUUAUGGAGGAUUUGCAUGGAUGUAAUGGAGUCUAAAGGGAGUUUAAAGGAAAAUAUGGUAAUGUUAUGAAACUAAAGUGAUGAUAUUCCAAAAACACAUAAUGUUACGAGAAGAAAGUGGUAAUAUUACAACGUAUUCUCAUAAGAGUAGAUUUGUUUCCUUUAUCUUGUAAGAGUUUAUUUCACCAAACUACAUCAGUUGUGUGAUUUUUUUUCCACAAAAAAUGCACCUUUAUUCUGUAUUGUGAUUGGAACAACGUUUUUGUAAUUUGCGACUAUAUUCUUGAUUUAUUCUUUUUAUUGUCAGUAUUAUUUUUAUUCCUUCAUUAUAUUUCAUUUUUAUUGUUACAUAAUACGCUUGUAAUUGUAGCCUAUGAAUUGCACAUUUGAAUCAUCAAUGUAUGAGCUCUACAAGGUAGGAUAAAGAAUGUUUCAAAAACAAACACCUUUUAUCACUGUUUAAGCCAAAUGCUACAUUGGAUUGUUUGCUAAAAUAGUUUAAAUGUACUAAAUUAACCCUUAAACACUAAUAGUAAUCUAUGAAGAGCGUUGGUUAGCUUCGCUGAGCCUAGUUUAGCCAUUACAGAGAAAACAAUUGAAAUUGGUAAUUAAUAUUUAUUAACUAGUAAUUAAUCAAUCAGAAUGUUGGUGUUGGUCAUCAUAAGACAGUUUUGAGUGAAGGUUUUUCUUUCAAGGGCAAGAUUUAGUCAUAUUUUUGACGUGAACGCUUAGCUAACACUAUUCGCCCGCAAGCUAGCAGUUUUGAGUUGCUUUGCUAACAUCCCAAAACAAUACAAAGUAUUAUAAUUUAUGUGCACAUUUUCAUCUUUUACAGGUUAAACGUAAUCAUGUUAUCUAUGUGCUAUUUAUUUACAAUUCCUUUUCAUAUACAGUAAAUGAAUCACGUUUAUCAUUUACUGUGACUAAGUGUGUGUAUGUCUUAAACUGUACAUGGAUACUAAUAAUGUACAAUGUAAAAGAUAUAUUUCUUAUUUAUAUUUUGUACAAAUUUGUUACAUUAUAAAA